CGGCGGCAGAGCAGAUUCGACCUGCGUAGAGCAGCCUCCCCGCGCACGCGCUUGUUCUCAGAUGACAGUUCCGCGAUAAAGAAUGAUAUAGCUGAUCAGUGGGAAUUGCUCACUUCUGUAUGACUAACGUAGGAUAUAUUUCAAACACUGCUCACGAUUUGAUCUGCACGUUGAGCUCAGUUAUAUUGCCAGUUUUUACCACGUCUCCAAAAGGAUACUUUUUUCUAUCAGACUAAGGAGGUAAUAUAAUCCAAAAUGCCAGCCGACACCAUGGAGAAGCAAACGGCAUCUCCUCUUGCUGGUGCCCCUGCAAAUGGAUCCUGUACUCCAGACAAACCCAAGAAUGCCAGCGAACAUAGAAAGUCAUCCAAGCCCAUCAUGGAGAAACGUCGGAGAGCGAGGAUAAACGAAAGUCUUGGCCAACUCAAGACACUCAUCCUUGAUGCACUUAAAAAGGAUAGUUCCAGACAUUCUAAAUUGGAGAAAGCCGAUAUUCUGGAGAUGACAGUGAAGCACUUACGGAAUUUACAACGUGUGCAGAUGACUGCAGCGCUGUCAGCAGACACCACCGUCCUCAGUAAAUACCGGGCGGGAUUCAACGAAUGCAUGAACGAGGUCACUCGCUUCUUGUCCACCAGCGAGGGGGUGAACACGGAGGUGAGGUCGCGGCUUCUCAACCACCUGUCUGGUUGCCUAGGCCAGAUGAUCGCCAUGAACUACCCUCAGCCAACCCCAACUCAACAGGCUCACCUCGCGCAGCCCCUUCACGUGCAGCUACCAUCUACCUUGCCCAACAGUGCCUCUAUGGGUUCCAAACUCAGCCCGGGAGAAUCCUUGUCUCCUAAAGUUUUUGGAGGGUUUCAGCUUGUGCCCGCAACAGAUGGACAGUUUGCUUUCCUGAUUCCCAACCCUGCUUUCGCCUCUGCAUCAACCCCAGUUAUCCCUCUGUACGCUAACGCAGGUGUGCCUUUGACAGUCAACGCAAGUCCGGUCCAUGGCAGCUCUUCGUCGCCAGUAUCAUCCCCUAUCCAUGGAAUGACAUCAUUCGUUGGGGUACCUCAGGCCGUAAGCCCGGUCGGUGUUGGGACUGGUUCGGAAGGAACCGAGCCUGUUUGGCGACCCUGGUAGUUUGAAAUGGACACUACAAUAAUGAAAGUUAUUUUAACUAAUUAAAUAGUUCCGUUCUAGGGGACAUCAUUCCUUUGUUGGACAUGGUGGAAGUUUAUUUAUUGGCUGAUUCCAAAAUUUGGAUGUUGUUGGUAAAUAGGGUGUCCAUGCAAUGGAAGAUCUAUACAAAUAUUGAAUUGUAAUGAAGUACUUUUUAUGGAAAGAUUUAGUUUUGUACAAAGUUGAUUGUUAUACCAAAGCUGUGUUUUUAUAUCUUCUUAAAUGUUUGGAAAUUGGGCGCUGGCCCAUUGACAAAAUAAAUCAAUUGUCAGAAAUUAAAAA